AUGGUUAGACAACUCAAACAUCAUGAGCAGAAAUUGCUCAAAAAAGUUGAUUUCCUUAAUUGGAAACAAGACCAGGGCCACAGAGAUACCCUGGUCAUGGCUACCUAUCAAAUUCAGAACAGAGAGGAUUACCACAAGUAUAACAAAAUCUGCGGAGAAAUCAGGAAAAUAGCCCACAAGUUAUCGUUGCUACAACCCACCGAUCCAUACCGUAUUAAGCAUGAGCAGCUUUUGCUUGAAAAACUUUACAAUAUGGGCAUCUUAGCCACCAAAUCCAAAAUCUCCGACUUGGAGAAUAAGGUGUCAGUUAGUGCAUUCUGUAGAAGAAGAAUCGGAGUGGUGAUGUGCCGGUUAAAAAUGGCCCAGAAAGUCAAGGAUGCAAACACGUUUGUUGAACAGGGCCACGUGAGAGUUGGGCCUAAUGUCAUCACUGACCCGGCAUAUUUGAUUACCAGGAACUUGGAGGACUACUUGACGUGGGUCGACAGCUCCAAGAUUAAGCACAAUGUUCUUAAGUACAAGAACAAGAUCGACGACUACGAUUUGGCUUAG